ACGAGGUCAGAUGACGUGUGACCCAGUUCGGAAAUCAGCUUGAUUUUUAUCCGCCGUAAUCCCAACUCGAGUGAGCUGAAUGAAAAUGGCGACCCUGCCUCUCGAUUUGAUAGAACCACAGACUCUCCUGGUGACAUUAGUGGCGGUAGCUGUGGCAUACUAUCUGUUCUGUUCCUCUUCACACGAACUUCCACCUGGCCCUAGAGCCUGGCCAGUUAUAGGCAAUCUUCUCGACCUGGGGGAAGUAUGGACGCACCAAAGUGCAUUUGUAUUAUUCUGAGCUGCAGAAAAAGUAUGGGAACGUAUACAGGAUAUAUUUCGGGAGUUCCAUGAUGACGAUUGUAAAUGGAUAUGAACCUGUGCACGAGGUGUUGGUGAAGCAAGGCGGGGUGUUCAGCUACCGUCCGACCUGGUUAUACUCCACAAAACAAGCAACAAAGAGAGCGAGAGGAAUCAUAUGGGGGGACGGAGAGGAGUGGAGACAGUUACGUCGAAUGACCUUGGGGGCAUUACGUGACCUUGGAGUUGGUAAAUCACCCCUUGAGGAACGUAUUACUGAAGAGAUACAUUAUUUGAAAGAAGUUCUUACGGACCUAGACGAACAUCCAGUACAGAUCAGGAAACUAUUGACUCGAUCUGUGGCCAAUGUCAUUUACAGCGUAGUGUUUGGUUCAAGAUUUGAGUACGAUGAUCUAACGUUUAAGUCUCUCUUGGACAUCACAGACAACUUGUUCCGUACCCAGGGUUCAAUGGCAGCCAUCAAUGCUAUUCCAUCCCUCAGGCACCUCCCGUACUUCAAAAAGUUGAUGCGUCCGUACUUUGAAGGCAGUAAUAAGAUGUCUACGUACGCUGAGACACGUAUUGAAGAACACCGAUGUACCUACCAAGAAGACGUGGAACGGGAUUAUGUCGACGUCUUCCUCAAAUAUGAGGCUGAGAAUCCUGAUUCCACUGUCUAUACAGCUUCCAAUAUGACGCGGUGCAUUUUGGAUCUAAUCUUGGCUGGAACAGAGACAACUUCCGGUACAUUGGAUUUCGGGGUCCUGUACAUGAUAAAGUACCCGGAUGUUCAACACAAGUGUCAAAAAGAGAUAGACAGGGUUGUGGGAUGCGGGCGGGCAGUGCGAGUCUCCGACCGGCCUUCCCUAGUCUACACUGAAGCCACAAUAAUGGAGAUACAGCGCAUGUCGUGUGUUGCUUCUGCAGGUGUUCUCCGUACAAGCCCAUGGGAUGCCUGGGUGGGAGGGUAUCGCAUCCCCAGGAACACCCUGGUGUACACCAACAUCUACUCGGUACUGCACGACCCAGAUGUAUGGGGGGAACCCCAUAUCUUCAAACCGGAGAGAUUCAUCACCCCCGAAAGGGAGAUAAUUUACCCUGAUCCGUGGAUUCCGUUUGGUGGAGGUCUCCGGAUGUGUGCAGGUGAGAUUCUGGCGAGGAUGGAACUGUUUCUCUUCUUCUCGAACCUGCUGCAGAGCUUCCACUUCUCCAAGGUCGGCAACGCUGAACCCGACAUUGACCCUGAGUUUGGGAUGACAAUGACUCCAAAGUCGUACGAGGUCACAGUUCAGUCCAGACUCUAAUGACAGUCAGCGAUGCUUGUUCCUUCUACAACAGCUCCCUCUGCAAGUUUAUUCACAGACAGGUCACAGGUGACCUCUUACAGCUAUACACACGAUACAGACUUGCCAUUUAAGCCAAACUGCAUUGAAGUGACAGUCAUGAAGCGCAUUUGUGAAGUCCUUCUCUUGAAAAUCAACAGUGUUUAAGAUUAUCGGACCCGUUACCUGAUCGGAUUUCCUGUAUAACACUACUCGUUAUCAAAAUGUUUAUACAAAAUAUAUUGUAUUUAGAUAUAUAUGACAAGAUGUCCAUAGCUAAUUGAAUCAAACGACUAUAUAUCAGAGUAUAACAGAUUCUAAGCCAUGUAUUACUGUAUAAAGGUGAGACUUGUUCAGCCUAAACAAUGAGUUCUUCCAGAUCAAAUCCCAGUUUCACCUUGUUACAUCUAUUAACAUGCUGGGUAAUAAUAUUGAUCGUUCAUUUGACAAAAUCACCUGAAUCUGUAUUUGUGUGUAACCCCUACCUCUACCUGGAGUGCCUAAAUAUCUGGAUGUAGUUUAUCCAAAAUUUCAGAUUUCUACCUAGGUCUAAAUUCUAAAUAGAAAUAUAGAAUACCAAAGAGAAUCUCCCAAAGCCAAACCAAGAACAGGUAUGUAUCAUGAUUCGUUUAUCCAGACAUUUCUCAAUCGGGGCGGUUUUACUUGGAACUGUGCUGUCCCAACAAUCAGUAUGUUACUGCAUUAACUAAAUAUGUGUGCUUCUCUGUGAUGGAGUCUGUAAACCGUCUUCCGACGUUAGCUCAGCAUCCUACACGUGGGCUACACGUGACAGAUUCACUAGGAGAGUCACGGUCCGUGUUACAGUCCACCCUGUCUAAAUCGGACUGGUUUUGGAAUUACGCUGCGUCAGGUUUCAACUGAUGUCCGUUCUUGAGUAAUUGAAUCAAGUAAUCCAUUGAAUAAUUUGUAACCUGAUUUGUGCCAGUAUUUUAAACAUUAUGUAACCUUUUAUUUUUUAAACUUUGUUUAUUGGUAUUUUAAAACAAAUGUGAUAUUUGCCUUGUUGUGAUUCCAUGUAUGUAUAAUAUUGUGUUUAUUCUGCCUCUCGUAGAACCUAACUCUUUUGCAGAAGUACUUUCUAACGUGAUUUGAUAAUGGAAUUGGUGUGAGGCAGGUGUAUUUUUAUAGCUAUUUCUUACUCGGAAUUGCAACCAUUACAGUAGACUAAGGCUUAGUCUCUGAAUGUAUAUAUAUAAUUUUGAUAGUAACAAACAAGCCCAUUUACAUUGAAAAGGAGCCCUAGGGAGACCAGAGAUUCAGAACCUGAGGAAAUCUAGACUUGCUUUAUUUAGGGCUUUAGCACUGGAGAAAGGGCUUGGCAGUAGGGAAAUUAAUGUGGUUCAGGGACUGUGAGACAGACUACCAUUACAGAUGAGACGUGCGUUUCAUUUUACUUUCAUUUAAACUUAUAUUUAGUUUUAUCUCGCGAGAUGACACCUCACUUAGGGCGGUCUGCAGCUUCAGUCGCUUGCCAUAGGGUCAUGAUUAUGCAUGUGGUAUUUCACGUUGUUUGUUGAGGGCCUCGCAUGUUGGAUUUGAUGGUAUGGUAUGAGCACUGUAAAACAGGUAACGAUCAACGAAGCCUUCUAAUUGUGUGGCAAGUGAUAAUUUCAGUCAUUUGGGGGUCUUGUUCACAAAGUGCUUUUGUUAACAGUUACAUUGAACCGAAAUUACACUAAAGAUCUUACCAAAAGAAUUCCCGAAAUCGUGUUCAACCCUAGCAAUUCAUAUCUCAUUUUGACUUAUGUACGAAUAAUAUACCCUAAAGGGUUUGAAGUCCUGAACUUAUGAUAGAUAAUAAAGGCAGAUUCUUGUGUAA